UCGAUUUAUGGUGGAUUUAUGUUUUGGUUCUCGAAACCGGCAGGCGGAAAACUAAACUAAAACGUAGUGAUUUAAAUUAUCUUUGCGGAAAACUGUCAGUGGAGUUCACACAGCACACAAACGGCACACCCACAGUCCACAUAGAGUACGUUGAAUAUACGGGGUGCAGUGGUGGAGUCGAUGAAUACUAAGCACUAAUAAUAAUUAUUAUGUAUUAACUAUUAAUUUACUAUCUACCUUUAUCGUAGAUAUAUGAAAGUGUGUGUUUUUAUCAGUGUACAUAUUGUCGGUAAAAUACCGACUUUGCAUGAGUAAUUUGUAUUUUAUAACUUUAUCAAAAAACAACCAUCCUGUCAAUAAUUUGGUUAUCCUUGUAUUUUAGUAAUGAAAAUGUAUUUACGUUUAAUACAAUUUCUAUCGUGUUGUGUUUUAUGUGUGUAUGGAUGGUCAGAUAACAGGAUUCGGAAAUUCAAAGAUGAUUUCUCAUUUGGUGUAUCCACUUCUGCAUAUCAAAUUGAAGGUGCCUGGAAUAUUGAUGGCAAAGGCGAAAGCAUAUGGGAUAGAUUCCUCCAUAAUUACCCAGAGGUGAUUGCCGACGGGAGGAAUGGUGAUGAAGCCUGCAACUCUUAUCAUCAGUAUAAGCGAGAUGUAGAAAUGUUGAGAGAGCUGGGCGUUGAUCAUUACAGAUUCUCUAUAUCCUGGCCGAGGAUUCUUCCCUCUGGAUACCCCAACAUAAUUAACGAAAAAGGCAUACAAUACUAUGACAAUUUAAUCAAUGAACUAUUAAAGUACAAUAUUCAGCCCAUGGUGACACUAUACCAUUUUGAUUUACCGCAACCCUUACAAGAUCUUGGGGGUUGGAUCAACCCUUUAUCUGUUGAGUGGUUUGAAGACUUCGCAAGGGUUGUGUUUGAUAAGUACGGAGAUAGGGUCAAAUAUUGGAUCACAAUAAACCAACCUAAUGAUGUUUGUAUUCAAGGUUACAGUGGUUUAAUGGCGCCAGGCAUAGUUUCCAAAGGAGUCGGAGAUUACAUAUGUGUGAAAAAUGUUAUGCUCGCUCACGCGAAAGCGUAUAGAUUGUAUGAGAGAGAAUAUAAGAAGAAAUAUAACGGUCAAGUAGGAAUUUCGUUAGGUUUAAAUUGGGCGCAUGGUAAGACAAAUGCAACAGAGAAUGAAGAGGCAGCGGCCAUUUAUAGAGACUUUACGAUUGGUCUAUACAUGGACCCCAUAUGGUCGGAAGAUGGCGGAUUCCCGCGUACAGUGAAAGAAAGAAUUGCUAAAAAGAGCAAGGAACAGGGCUUCAAGGAAUCUAGGUUACCUACAUUGAGCAAAGAGGAAAUUAAACUAUUGAAAGGCUCAGCGGAUUUCCUCGGAAUCAACCACUAUACAUCAUUCCUCGUGGAACCGUCAGGUCAACAAUAUGAUUCUCCAUCAAUCGAUGAUGAUAUGGGCGUGAAGAUAUCACAUAAUAAGGAGUGGAGAUCCUCGCAGUCUAUGUGGUUGAAGAGCGCGCCCUACGGCAUAUACCGUUUAUGCUUAUAUCUCAACAAAGUAUACAAAUACCCGCAAAUAUAUAUAACCGAGCACGGUUGGUCAACUACCACGGGUUUAAACGAUAAAUCCAGGGUUACCACUCUACGGGAUUAUUUGUCCGCCAUUUUGUUUGCAAUAGAAGACGGUACGGAUAUAAAAGGUUAUACCGUGUGGAGUUUGAUGGAUAAUGUUGAAUGGAUUGCGGGGACUAGCGAACGCUUCGGUCUUUACGAAGUGGACUUCGAUUCAAAAGACAAGAAGAGAACAGCAAGAUUAUCAGCUCUUGUAUAUAAGCGUAUUAUCGAGAAGAGAAUAGUAGAGAAUGACUGGCUACCGGACAAUUGGAAAAUUGAGAAGGAAAGAGAAGAAUUAUAAGUCUUUUUCAUGAUUAACUCGCUGUCCGCCCCGGCUUCAAUCGUGGUACAUAUGUUUUCCAUUAAAAACCAUCCUCGUACUUCGAGGAAUAUUAUAAAAAAAUAAUUAACGAAAUCG